GGUAAGCAGAGCAGUUGGGGCUUACCUGAGGAAGCUUGAUACAAUGAGAAAGCUUCUGGCUAUAGUCGAUAGCGUCCCUGCACUGCCAUGUAACUGCUGCGCGAAGCUAUUGCGGAUUCUUGCGAGGGUUCUUACGCAGCAGAAUCCAUCGGGUUCAGGGAGUAGUACUGCAGCCCAACGUACAUCUUCAGCAAUUGUCGCAAGCGACGCAGCUGCAAAGGAGCAAGAAGAACAACUGGUGCUUUUCGACGUCGUAUGUCAUUUCCUAAAGCGCAUAGGCAGCAAAUUGCUACACUUACUCCGCAGUACCCAGUCGAAACAUCUGUCCGCGAAUGAGCAAACGCUCUGCUCGGAACUCGCUAGAGCGAUUGCUGUGAUAUGCACAAAUGUCAUGCACGUGACAUUCUCACCGAUGCGGACAAUACAAGAAAAUUUCAUUCACAAGAGUCUACAACGUGCACUUCCUCCAGUGAUGGUCCGGGUCAUUGUAUCCAUGAUCCUGUACGACUUGCAGACUUCCACAUUGAAGAAAGAAGAAGACCAAGACCCAAGUACGAAAAACGUGAAAGGAGCUGCGUCAUCGUCAAAAAAGGACAAGAAAUCCUCAAGUCCCAAGAAAAAGAAAAGCAGUGGUAAGAAGGGUGAUGUGAAAGCUCUGGACCAUUCAAUAGAUGUUCAUGUUCGGGAAAAAAGGCUCCAUCGCGUCUUACACCACGAAGACUACAAUGUAUUGCGUCGUAUGGGUACAAGGGUUCUGAGCGAACACAUUUUGCGGUCGCCAGAAACCAAAUAUGCAGUACUAGAAGCCUUUCUCUCCGCCGAGGUGUUUUCUCAGCAGAAUGUCAGGGCGAGCUAUCUCAGUGACUUGCUAUUAAGACUUGACAUGGUCGUCGCUCCAUUCCUAGUGUUUUUACUUAAGAUAAUGUGGCUCCUCCUAGCCUUGGAAGCCUUCAGAUGAGCAUGAGUAUUUCCAACCCGAGAAAUGGGAGAACGAGAUGAGAUAACGAGUCGAUUCUGCUGUCUGAGCUCUAACAUCCGCUAUGGUCAGCUUGGGUACGUACAGACUCUUUGUAGAAGCUCAGGGGUUAAAGUCUUUGGUCGGACGAACACCAGGCGCAACAGCUUUCGACAUAGAGGAUGAGCGUAUUCUCUUCCUUUCGCAGGUCUUCUUUGGGCCUGCUUCUGCGGGCGGAAAUGGGGGGCUGUUGAUGUUAAGAUACUGGUGUUACUUCAUCAUACUCGAAGAACUGAAAUAUCCGAGUUAGUAAUUGAAAAAAGGGACGUAGCAAGCUUGUAAAGGCUAUCCUUCCACUAUUCUCGUUUGUUCCUUGCUUACUUCAGUUCAUUGAAUAUAUUGUUCAUGUUCUUCACGUCUUCUUAGUCUUUUCGUGUGAAAGAACAUCAACGACAUGGAAACACGAACAGUUGCUGGUGGAGCUUAUUCAUCUAUUUACAAGUACACCAAGUACUUCUAAUCUGACUGACAACCCGUGGCAUCUAUGCUCUACGGAUCGCAGAAGGAGUGCCAGCGUAUCAUACGGAAAAUUUGGGCACAGAAUGGACUCCAGCCUGGGAAUUAAGGGCACCGAGAAUGCCAACACUUCUAUGGGCCAAACCCUACUAUGCCGUCGCACGCCUGUGGACAGGCUGUGGAGAACAGUUAGGCGCGAUCGGCUGGCGACCAAUGAGCAAGCAACAGGCGUCUGUUAAGGACGGAAAAUAAACCAAGUACUCAUAUUGAUUGAAAACUUUCUUACACAGUGUGACUGUUAUUUUAAACUUACAGUUCCCCCUCACUGCAUUUCCAUUUGUCUCACGCGCAGCACCUGGCUAUUCAAAGACAGAUGAUGGCUCCCUAUCACGAUCACGACCAUCCCGCUCUAAUCUCCCAGCCGGAGAAGCAGGUGCUCCCCAAAGAGCAUCCACGAGUAAAACGCCAACUCAAGGUGCCGCUGGAUCCUCACCUCCUCGCGGCGGUGGCUCACCUUCUCGCGCCACCGGUGCCACCCUUGCCGAUCCGCAUCAGGAACUGGAGCCUCAAGAUUUGCAGACUCCAUUCACUGUCACACAGGCUCGGAAUGCUUUCCGCAGGCUCGAGCGCGCUAAUGAGGCUCGCUCUGCAACAGCGAUCAUUUGUCGAUCCAGCAGCGACAGAACGGAGAUUUUAGAAACAAUCCGCUGUUUCAGUGCGCCAGAUACUGAGCGACAGUGCCCUCUAGUUAAGACUCGACUUUCGUUCCUCAUUGAGGUUGGCCACUGAGGUAGUAGAGGAGACCCCUUGCGUCGCGAACAGGGGAAAACGAAGGGAGACGCAUGGGGCCCUUUUCUUUCAGAAUUUGUGACCAAUGAGUGUCGAUGUCGACCUUUAAUCUAGUCCACCAUCCUCAGAUUUGGAGCGAGAUCUUGGGCAAAAUCAAAACUAGUAUAGGUCUAGAUCCAACGGCCGUCAGUGAAGUUCAUGGAGGGGAUCCGCAUGCUGGGCUUCCGCCAGGUGCCAUUCCCACAGGUGGGCAACCGCUUUGCUUCUCGUAUGCACAGCGUGAAUUGCGACCGGGAGUGGAUCGGUGGUCGUUCUUUUUGCUGACUGAGAAAAACAUCAAGGAAUACGGAUUCAACUGGCACGUCUUCGACAAAGCUCUGCCGUCUGCGGUAGAGGAAGAGCGAGACGCGCACAGACAAUACUCGUUUACCAAACACUUAGAGUUAAGGCGGGAAAGAUGAAAAGACUAUCAGAAGUACAAUCUCAUUCUCAGCUUUGGAUUUCUCGCUAAUCUACCGCACUCUCGUUUGUCAGACAUCGGAUGCAGAAGUUGAAGAAGCAGUAUCAGCACAGGGUCCGCGAGAUGAGGUAGCAAGUUUGCGACAGCAAUUCGUGCACCGUGUCAAGCGUCAUCGUGGCAGGAAGUACCGAAGAGCGUCAAACAAUGCUGGCGUUGAAGGAGAUUUUAGGGAUCUAUUUGCAUUUGAAGAACUUCCACAAGAACUAAGUGUAAGUACUACAGGUACUAAGAAAUGUGAUAUCUGAUGAAUGAAUAUGCUUAUGCCUCUAUGUAUCUAUAUUUAUAAAACUAUCUCUACCCCUAGUACUAGCCGUAGCGAGCAGUCGUAGUCUACAGGGAACUCGUCAAUAUCGAGAUAAAGAUCUUCUAACGUCGAUUGAUAACCCUCUCUAAGAAUUCCGAUCCUUUAGCAAGUGAUGCCUCGAAACAAAGUGCUGGCGAGAUGUUCUCGGAACUCGAUUCCUUCGACAUUUCACGUCUCUCAGAAGUGGAAUUCGCUGAAGAAGGGUCGAUAUUACGUCUUAAUUUCGGACAGAACCUUCUCCUGAAAUUCCCAGACGACUUAGGGCGCGAAGUAUGGCGUGAAGCACUCGAUUUCGCGUUGGCUGACAUACAGAAACAAGUGGGAGGAUAAAGAUGGAGAACGAGACAAUAAAGGCGUCAUUAUCCAUCUGAAUUGCAAGCCAUUUUUUUCCUGCCAAAGACUGACAAGAAAGUUGAUGUUGUUCAUUUUUGAUUUAGAACAAGCUUCUGCUAGCUGUUAUCAUUAUGACUCCUUAUAAUCCGCGUUGUAACGAUUUUUUAUUCUCUGAUAUGAGUGCUCUUCAGUAGAGUUUGAAGAAUCACGUAUAAUUUGUACAAGACUUUGGACCAGACAAUGGCAAUUGUAUGAUGUAUCUGAAAGUCAGCUACUGAAAAGGCAGUGACUCGCAAGAAGAACUCGAAGUAUUAUAGAAUGUAAAAGGAUUGGGAUGUGAAUAUCAAAUAACCAUUUGUCUGGAAAUUACUAGUGUUAGUUAGAGUUAGUUACAACGUGAGAGUUUUGAUGUUGAGUUUAUUUUCACUUUUCGUACCAAUGAGAUCGAGACCGACGAGAAAGAAACAGAAGGCUCACUUUGGUAGUGCUUGACUUUGAUACACAAAGAUCUUCCUGAACGCUCACGACCUCCUCGAGGCGAGCCAAUCCCAC